GACUAACCAUUUAAAGCUAACCUCUCAGAUACCAGUCCUAUAGCGAGAGAGAGACUAACCAUUUAAAGCUAACCUCUCAGAUACCAGUCCUAUAGCGAGAGAGAGACUAACCAUUUAAAGCUAACCUCUCAGAUACCAGUCCUAUAGCGAGAGAGAGACUAACCAUUUAAAGCUAACCUCUCAGAUACCAGUCCUAUAGCGAGAGAGAGACUAACCAUUUAAAGCUAACCUCUCAGAUACCAGUCCUAUAGCGAGAGAGAGACUAACCAUUUAAAGCUAACCUCUCAGAUACCAGUCCUAUAGCGAGAGAGAGACAGUAGCAGCAGUUACAUUCAUACGUUCAAACCCAGAGGACAGAGGACAGAGGACAGAGGACAGAGGACAGAGGACAGAGGACAGAGGACAGAGGACAGAGGACAGAGGACAGAGGACAGAGGACAGAGGACAGAGGACAGAGGACAGAGGACAGUCACGAACAAGGGAUUGAGAGCAGUUUACCCCUGCUCAAGAUCCAUCCUCUCCAACCAAGAGAGGAGGGAAACCAUCCAAGAUGGCAGAGGUUAGCCAACAGAGGAAAGAUGGUCUUCUUCAACCUGGUCCAUCCAGACUUCACCAAGAGGCAGGACCCACUGUGAGAACAUCCACCCAGCCAUCCAUCGCCUCACCCACUCUUCCUUCCAAAGAGGCAUUGUCAGCAUUGUACCAACAGCGACAGAAAGUUGAACUGCGGAGGCUCCUGAAGCACACCCACCCGGAGCUGAGGAGCCUGGAAAGCCUGGAUGGGGUGGUGGAUCAGGAGCUGGCUGAAGUGCUGUGUUUAGAAACCCAGCCGAUAGCUGGCGAGACCGGAUACGAGGGAGAGGUCCUGUCCAGGCGGUUGAUAUUUGAGAACUGUGUACAGAGCAAUACUGUGGAUCCCCACACUUCUAAAAUGCACAUCGAGGAGGGGGCCGGGAAUAGAGUUGGGGCUGGUGUUGGUGUUUGGGGAGACAUGAAGAGAACAUCAGCCUUGUUUGAACUGCCAUGGUAUAACCAGAACCUUCAGGAGGAGAGGGUUAAAGAAACCACAGACCAGGUGGAGAGGACUGAUGCUAAUCAUGGGGAACUUACUGAGUGUGAGGAGGAGGAGAUGGUCAGGUUGGACGUCCAGUCUGCUAGGAGGCUGUUUGAGAGCCAGCAAGUCGACACCCUGAGGGCCAACCAGGAGGACGUGACCCUGAACAAGGUUAUCGUGUCAGAGGAUGAGAGGGGAGCUGUUCAGAAGAGAAAACAAGUGUUUGAGACAAGAAGCAGUAAGACAGAUCAAAAAGUGAUCAAAAGCCAAAUUUGUUUUAAAAAUCUUGAUGUGAGUUCUCAGUAUGAGGGAGAAGUACUAGGUGUCGGUGUUAAUAGUGCAGACACUGAGGUUCAGCCACAGCAUGAAGGGUUCUCCACAGUCAAACAAGUCUUUGAGAGAAAGUCACAGUGUGUUUCAAACGCAGAUGUUGAAACUAGUCCAAGAAUUCCAAAGUAUCCGUGUACUUCUCUGCUUGAAAACCAAGCAAUAAAUAAAACUGGAAAACCAUCACAUAUGCAGGAACCAAAGCCCCAGAACACUAGUUCACUCCCAGGCGACCUAGCUCCUGACAGAAGGGUCCAGGAGGACAUGUUAGAGUUAGUGGCUAACGUAAGGAACAGAGCUCAAUUGUUUGAGUCCACUCUGUUCGACCUGAUUAACCACCAUAACAGAGAGGAGAUGGAGAUGGUGGCAGAGAGCAUCAAUGAGACAUUGAACUCUCUCUAUCACUUCAACGCCCUCCACUCCCACGGAUCCAUCAUCAAGGCUAGCGAGACAGGAAGUGGUCAGAAGGCUAGGUACAGGCUGACCCCCGGUCUGAGACCAGAGAUAGAACAGGAAAAGGUGGCUGAGGGCAGGGUUAAGAAUUUUAUACUCCAGCUGUUACCCCGGGCAACCCUUAAACCUCAGGUGGUUUACCUGAAGGAGGAUGCGAAGAGGAACGUGGAGGUUACCAUGGUGAUGGUACCUUUCCAUCAGGUACGUCUGGCUUCAAACCAAGAUAAAGAGUUCAGAACAGCUAACGUUGUCCAGGUCAUUGAGGACAUCCUCAGUCAGGACAGCUCUCUGAGGAAAGGAGUAGUUAUACAGGAGGACGGUCAGGGACAGACUGAGGUCACCGUUUACUCCCUGUACAACGAUUCUGAAGGAGAGGUGGAGAGGUACUACCCCCCACAGGAACAGAGGACGGAGACCAACGUCCUAGACAUUGCUGCAGGUGAUGAGAUUAAAACUGAGACUGGUGAAGUAAGGAGAGGCGAUGUGAAGUCAACCAUCAGCUGUCUCUUGGCCACCAGUCAGGACCACUCAGCCCCAGCCACUUACAAACCUGAGGUCAACGUCAUGGGGAAUGUCAAGUUAUUCAGGAGCUGCAUUGAAAAGGGAGAUCUGGAGUAUCUGAAAACCUUGCAGGUCCAGCCAGAGGAGAAGGAACUCCCACUUCAGACUGAUGUUGUAACAGGUGUCUCCACGGAGCCAAAGAUACAUAAUCAACAACAACAACCAGAGGAUCAGGUGGAGCAGAAUGAUCCGGAUAUAGUCCUUAAGAACAUCUUCUUAGCCAACCAGAGCUGUGCCCAACAGAACGAGACUAAGACAGAGAAGACCUCUAAAGCAAUAGUACAGGACCAGCACACCUCUGUGGAGAAGAUAGAGACGUGCUCUGAUUCUGUUAUAAAGACCUCCACAUCCCAGACAUCCACAGAGCAGCACCAGGAGGAGGAGGAGGAGGUAGUGAGAAGUAAUGUACAGGCAGCGCUCCAAUCUCUGGAGAAGACUAGUGGCGUUAAUGUCAGCCAAGGAGACUUCGAGGCUGCCAUGAUCUGCAGGAAAUCUCCAAAAUCUCAGAAAGGAAGCCAUAAGAAGAAGACUAAGGUGAGGUAUGCUCCCCAACACAGUGAAGUAAAGACUGGGACUCUGACUGAAGCUCAACCAGCCCCUUCAGUAGUGAUGAGUGAAGGACAAGCCAUCUCUGUGAAGAGCAGUGACAUUGUAGUAGAUGUCCAGCAGACCUCUGUGCAGACGGAAGAGACAAGCUGUAAUUCUGUUAUAAAGAUCUCCACAUCCCACUCCUCUAUCACCUCAGAACAUGAACCUACACCCUGCCGCCUCAAGACCGAAGAGGCUAGCUGUGCUGCUACGUCUUCUGAAGAACUACAAAAUGCAGAAGCCUUGAGUAUGGAGGUCCAAGAGGGCACUGAGGUGGUCCAGAGAGGACACUUAAAAGCUGCCAUGAAGUCUUUACAGAGUGCUACAACAGAGGAGGAGGAGGAAGAGGAGAAGGAGGAGGUACUGAGAGGUAAUCUACAGGCAGCGCUUCAUUCUUUAGAGAAGACUAGCGGCGUUAACGUCAGCCAAGGAGACUUCAAGGCCGCCAUGAUAUACAGGAACUCUGGGAAAUCUACAUUUCAAAGCCAAAAGAAGAAACCUGAUAUGAGGAAUGUUCCAAAACACAGUGAAUUAAAGACUGGAUUUCUGACUGAAGCUCAACCAUUCUCUUCAGUAGCGAUGAGUGAAGGAGAACAGGUGGCCACCAAGGAGCUGAGAGUAGCAACUGCAAAACCCCCCAGCCCAGACCAAACCACAAAUAAACUAGCUACAGCCUCCACUUUGAAACAUGAAUCUCAGACUGGCUCUCAAUCUCUAGCUCCCUCAAAGAAAAAAAAAAGACCUGUUGGCCCAAAACCUGGUCUUCUGCCGAAACCAGCAGUUCCUCCUAAACCAGGUCUUUUGCCGAAACCAGCAGUUCCUCUUAAACCAGGUCAGAUGAUAGGAAGCACAGCUAGUCAGUCAACAGAGACAGAGGUACAUAUCAGUGACAGCCACACCAUUUCUAUAAGAACUACUAGUAGUAUUUCUAGUAUUGCUAGUACUAACAGUACUCAACCGAAAGAGUCAACCAAAAGUCAAACAAAAGAGUCAACCAAAAGUCAAACAAAAGAAUCAACUAAAUGUCAACAGAAAGAAUCAACCAAAACUCAAUCAAAAGAAUCAACAAAAUCAAAGGAAUCAAAGAAAUCAACUAAAAGUCAAUCAAAAGAAGAGCAACCUCCCCAAACAUUCACUAUCAAACCAAAGUCCUACGCAGAUGCCCUUUGCAGAGGCUUACAACAGACAGAUAGUGUUCCAGAGGCACAACAGAGUAGGUACGUAUCUGAGAGGCCAGCUGGGAGCUCAGUAGGAACAGCUGAUACUGGGGCUGCCGAGGCCACCCAACACACUGGUGAUGCAACCCAACUCAAUGAGGAAAUGACAUUAAACCAGGAAGGUCAAGGGUCUGAGGUCAUCCCUCAGAGACAGACUAGUUUUAACUCGGUUCCAGUGGAGGAGAGCAACACUAAGUCACCACAGGAAAGGACUCCUACAGAGCAGAGACAGGGACCCCAGGGGGCCCUAAACGACAAAGAGAAGGUCAAUGAGGACUUCAUAGGGUUUCAAGCAGCACUUCAGAACUUUGGAGGGAAGAGUAAAGCCCCUGUGAAACCUAAACAAGUGAAGAUGACCCAGAGUGAAGAGAACCAGAAACACAACUCUCUCACAGUUACACACACUGCUGUGGGACAGCAAGCCAGUGACCCUUCUCAGCCUCAACCAUGCAGUAAACCAGAGAACAACAUCCAGAAAGAAGAGAAGGAAAACACAGUGGUAAUGAGGGAGAAGAAAGCGGAGAUGGAAGCAGAGACAGAGGAUGAGCGUGGCCAGAGGCUGUCGGUCCACAUGGAUAAGAUCAUGAGGGGUAACGUGACCAUGGCCAUGGAGAUCUUUGACAACCUGAGGAAGCAGGAGGAGCUGAAAGAGAUCUUGACCUGGGUGGAGGAGGUGGAGGAAGACACCAGCCAGGUGGACGUCAGGGCCCUCAGGAACAUCUUUGAGAAUAUACCUGACUGGGUCGUUGCCCCAAGAGACAAGAGACAACGUAAACAACAACAACAGACCAAGGUGGAACAGAAGAUCUCAGAAGUGAAGAGAUCAGAGACGCUGAAAGAUGAUACUGAGACCUCAAUGUCCUCCAUGGCUCUUGUGUUCGGAAAUCUGGAGAGAGCAAGUGAGGAGAUCAUGAACCUGAAGGAGCAGACUUUAGCCAGACUGAUGGACAUAGAAGUGGCCAUUAAGAAGGCUUUGUACUCUGUGUCCACUCUUAAGUCAGACUCUGAUAUCGCUGUUCUGUCUGGCCUGUUUAAGGAGUCCCUAAAGGGGACAGCAGCCCAGGAAUCCCUAAAGGGGACAGCAGCCCAGACCCAAGGCUCCACUAGCAACAUCAGCACUAUCAGUACCGGCUCCAGCAGCAGAGCUAAGACGGCCCAGGGAAAGGACAGCCCUUCCACUAAGACACAAAGAGACCCAGGUCUGCCAGCUGAUGAGGGACCUGUCAUUAAGUCCCAGAGCAGUCCUCCAUCCUCCUUCAUCUCCAUCCAGUCUGCAACCAAGCAGGAGUCAGAAUACAGACAACAGGAGUCUGCAGACAGACAACAGGAGUCUGCAGACAGACAGAAGGGUUCUGCAGCCAGACAAAAGUCCUCCCUGCAGCCUCCACUGUGCUCAGCCUGUCAGCUCAGCCUGAAGUGUCGCCCUUCUGGUAGCCCUUGUAGCAGAAGCCCUCUCAAUCAGAAACAUCAGGUCAGCGUACUCGAAGUGAAGAUAGCCCCAGAGUGGAGUGAGGUCGUCGACACUAAGACAGUUAGGGAGAACUAGGAGAAGACAGAUCAGUUUGGCAAAAAGGUCUACUCCACCAAGACAUUCACUGUGGUGAUUCAGCAGACACCAGCACCUCUCCCAGGGGUUAGGUAGUGACCACCAGUCCAACCAGGUAUUGGGUAGGUCAAGGUCAUCCUGCCUAUCAACAAACAGUCACCGCCUUUUUAAAAAUGGUGCUUGCAACGGCAAGGGCAGUGGGUUCGAUUCCCGCUGGGGCCACCCAUACAAAAAUGUAUCUACUCAAGUCGCUUUGGCUAAAAUGGCAUAUCUUAUAAACUGUUUGAAUGAAUGAGAAAGGACACUUCAGGU